AUGGUUCCUGUCUCCUUAGAUCGCAAGGAUACAGAGGUACGAGCCUAUAAAACAGAUCCUGUUCAAGUAAGAGAUAGAACAUAUGCAGGAAGUUCCCAAAAACUAAAAUUUUCAAGGGAUGAAACAGUGAAGAGAUGCUGCUCAGAUGAUGUGGAUUGCCAAUGGCAAAUAUUACAUGCAAAUCAACGACUAAUUGAAGCAAACAAGAAUCAUCUCCCAUUCUGUGCAGAGGAAGACAAUGCUUUCCUCAAACCAGAACAAAAAACAUAUAUUAGACAACUGAAUCAAGUUAAGCAAAAGGAAUUUUGGAGGGGUCUGUCAGACAACCCUGUGACCAUCCCAAGCCAUGGCCAUGAUGAAAGGCUGGGAACGAUCCUCUACAGCCAGCAAUAUCAUUGCUCCAAGGAGAAGGUCAUCAGACCAUUCAUUAAUCACGAUCUGAUCACAGGGGCCAAUGUCAUCCACCAGACUACGGUUCCUGUCUCCUUAGAUCUCAAGGAUACAGAAGUACGAGCCUAUAGAACAGAUCCUGUUCAAGUAAGCUCAUCAGAUGAUGUGGAUUGCCAAUGGCAAAUAUUACAUUCAAAGCAACGACUAAUUGAAGCAAACAAGAAUCAUCUCCCAUUCUAUACAGAGGAAGACAAUGCUUUCCUCAAAGCAGAACAGAAAAGAUGCUAG